AUGCCAUGCAAUUAUAAACAAGAACUGGUGAACACUAUGCUGUGGGAUGUUUUUGUGAGCGGUCUCCGUGAUCGUGCCACAUUAGACAGACUUUUCGAAGAAGAUGAUAUAGAUCUCGAGCGUACUGUAAAAAUUGCUUUGGCCAUGGAAAAGACUAGCAAGAGCACCCAAGAAAUAAUUGGCAAGCCAACAGAAAUGAAAGAAUUUAAGGCUAACAGGAAAAAAGAGCCGAAACAAUUCUGGUCUAACAAAACGAAAUCCAAACUUUUAAAAGACUUUCAACAUCUCUUUAGUGAUGAAUUAGGGGAAAUUGAAAAUUAUGAAUGUAAAUUUGAGUUAAAGGAAGAUACCAAAUCGAUUUUUUGCCGACCCCGGCAAGUUUCCUUCGUGCUAAAACAGAGAGUCAAUCGAGAAAUCGAAAGACUCGAAAGGGAAGGAUUAAUAGAAGAAAUAAACAUAUCCGAUUGGGCUACGCCCAUAGUUCCGAUUGUCAAACACAGCGGAUCGAUUAGGCUAUGUGCUCAUUAUUCAGUAACGAUAAACAAACAUUUAAAGGUACAAAAAUACCCGCUUCCUCGAACUGAAGAUAUUUUUGCCUCACUCAGUGAUGGCAGGGUAUUUUCUAAAGUUGAUUUUAGCCAAGCUUAUUUGCAAAUGGAGGUUGAAAUGGAAAGUCAGAAACUCUUAACCAUUAAUACAGAAAAAGGUCUUUAUACUCCAAAAAGAUUAAUGUACGGAAUUAAUGCAGCUCCAGCCAUUUGGCAAAAAUACGUUGAAAGUGUAUUCCAUGAUCUAGAAGGAGUUGAAGUAUUUUUUGAUGACGCACGCAUAGCAGCUCCCGAUAACGAAACUCAUUAUUUCAGAUUACGAAAAUUUUUUGAAAUAUGUCAAGAACAUGGUCUGAAAAUUAAUAAAGAUAAAAACCCAAACCUCCCUAUCUUGCUAUCUUCUGAUGCUUCACCAGUGUGGUUGGGAGCAGUACUUUCCCAUAAACUCCCAGAUGGUUCAGAACGACCCAUAGCAUUUGCCUCCAGUACUCUAUCUCCAACGGAACAACGUUACUCUCAAAUUGACAAAGAAGCUUUGUCAAUCGUUUGGAGUGUUAAAAAGUUUUACCUCUACUUAAAGGGAAAUAGAUUCACUUUGGUUACUGACCACAAGCCCCUGGUUUCCAUCUUUUCAUGUAAAAAGGGUCUCCCAGUCCUUUCUGUAACAAGACUUCUGCAUUAUGCUCUUGUUCUGCAAGCUUAUGAUUUUGAUAUUGCUUAUCGCAAUACAAAGGACCACGGCAAUGCCGAGUGCUUAUCACGUCUACCAUUGAAAUCUGAAGAACUGGAAUUAAAAAAUGAUAUUGCAGUAUACCAAAUUUCCCAAAUUGAAACCUUACCCGUUACUGCCAAAGACUUAGCAAAGGCUACUCAGUUCAAUGAACAUUUCGGGAAGCUUUUAAAAAUAUUACAAUAUGAAGGUCAAUUAGAAGGGAAGGAAAAAUAUACCUUACAGGAUGGGUGUAUUAUGUAUGGGCAAUGA